AUGAGAAUGAGAACAGGACCAGAACAGGACGUAAUAUACAUGUUUUAUGCAAAGCUGAGAAAGAUCAAUAAUUUAGGAGGCAGCUGGCAGGGCAUAUGGGGGCAUAAGGUGCGGACUUGUACACCCCCAACACGUAAUAGCAGCGGGCGGGCCACCGCGCUGGGCAAUCGCCACCAACAGGGUGGCAACCACCCCGGCGUGGGGGCCUAUCCCGGAAGCUGUUUCCGUCAAAAU